CGAAAAGAAAAGAAAUAAAGGGAGAAAUUCGAAGCAAAAGAUCGGUCAAAGGGUUCGAAGAAAGUUUUUAACCGUGGUCAAGGAGAAGUCGCCUUUUAAGUCUGCAAUACUGUACGGAUCAUAUCAGCUUUUUUGUCUUUUCCUCAUUUCCCCCGCUCAAGCAACGUACACAGAAGAAGCAAGAUUCCGCCUUCGAAACAGAGAAAGGGAAGGUCAGUCUCCGGCGAUGGACAUCGAAGAUGAAGAAAUAUGCCGGAUUUGCAGGUUACCCGGAGAUCAAGACAACCCUUUGAGGUACCCAUGCGAGUGUAAAGGUUCCAUCAAGUUCGUUCACCAAGAAUGCCUGCUUCAAUGGCUCAAUCAACGUCAAUCUGAGAAAUGCGAGAUCUGCAGGCAUAGAUUCUCAUUUGCUCCUGUUUAUCUGGACAACGCCCCCAACAGGCUUACGCUGACAGAAUUCAUGAUUGGCUUGGGAACAAGAGUGUUUAAUCUGGUGAAGCCUUGGGUUCUGUUUUUUCUUGCCUGGUUCGUGGUGAUUCCCUUGAGCACUUAUUGGAUUAUCAGACUGGCUUUGGGUAAGGCAGCUACUGAUAAAACUGAGAGAUAUUUUAUGACCAAAUUGUCUGUUCCCUGGAUUGCCUCUGCUUCUGUCCUUGGUGGGUGUUACUGCUCCUGGAUUGCAUUGCUCAUGGUGGGUAUCUCCAUUGUAAGAGCAUCCACAGUAUGGCUGGACGGGAUACUUGCCCCCUUACCUGCUGAGAUUAUUAUCCAAAUACAGGGACUUGUUGGAGUUCCUGAGACGAUUUUUUGGAGACACACACGAAUUCUUUGUGAUUGGUGGUAUCAGUUCAUUGAUCUCCCACUCGGACCACAAGCUGCUUUUGUUAGAAACGCACCUCUUCAUGAGUUUGAAGCCAUCAGGAGGUUUCUUUUCUUUCUUGAUGACAAUGUCUUUGUUGUUCUUGUCACCAAUGUAUUUGUGUCUUAUCUCUUCGUCCUAGUACCAUUUUCCAUUGGCCAGAUAGUUUUAACUCUCUUGGACAUUUUCCCGCCCAUGAGACCAAAGGUUUUGUCGACCCCUGUUCUUGCUGGAUAUGUGAUUUUACUGACACUUAUCUUCUCUUACCUUGGAAGUUCCAUAGCUUUGAAACUCCUAUCAAUUUUGCGGAUUUCUUUGGUAUCCUUCUGGAAAAGCCUCUCUGGGAUCAUUAAGCACUUCAUUACCAUAACCAGGUGGUUCUUGGUUGGAUUGCCAUCCCUUAUUCUGAAGUUUCCAUCCCUCCUAUGGAAUUCCCUGGUAGCAGUCUGGAAAAAUCUAGCUGAGAUCACUAAGCAGCUUGCAGCAAUAGUCAUGAUUGCUCCAGUAUUGUCCAUUAAAUUUGGUGUUUUGCCUUUGAUACUCGGUUUCUGGGUCGAUAUCUGCACAUUUCCUGUACCAGAAGGGACGAUAACCCAUAGACUUGAGUUUCUUUCGGCGGAUCCAUCCAUGAAUAUCAUAUAUUGGUCCAUAGGGAUUUUUUACUUGGCAAUGGCGUGGACUUACUUGGACCUUAUCCAAAAGAUCGUUCAUAAACGAGCCUUUUGGUUUCUCCAAGAUGUUACUGAUCCAUUGUACCGCAUUUCGGAACUGCAUUUGUGUGGCAUCCUCUUUGCACUUGCUUUCCAUGGGGUAUUCAUUGUGAUUGUACUUCACGUACCAGUAAAAAUGAUCACUCUUUUAUGCCCAUCAUUCUUCCCCCUCAAGUUCUGGAAUUCAAGUGGUAAUUUUGGGCUCGAUUUAGCUGAAAUUUAUGCUUUUAAUCACUUGGCAAAGGAAACUCUCAGGAUGUUAGGCAACCUUACUGAUCCAACAAGAGUUGAACCCAUUGUUCGCAAGUGGUUCAUCUCUGUCAGUUCUUGGCUCCAGUUGAAUGAUUUCUUGCUUGAAGUACCUCAAAGCAACGCUGAUCAGACCGAGAUACCAUUAUUGGGUCGAAAUAGAUGGCCUGGAAAGUGGUUGGUGGUGUAUGCCAUAGCAGAAGGCUCUAUGAUCUUGUCUCCUGAAGAUCGGAGGGCAUACACCUCGGAAGAUGACAUCGACCCGCCGAAUGAUUCAAGUUGCAGGUUUCCACUGAAGAUUACACUAUUAUUAGUUCUAGGUGGUUUGAGCUUGCUUCUGGUAAGUACAGCAUUCAUGUCUUUGCCGUUAUUGUUGGGAAGGGCUUUCUUCAACUUCGUUCCUACGGUCGUGAUGCCUGUUGCAAUCAAAUCAAAUGAUCUCUACGCUAUCUGGCUUGGAUAUCAUAUCCUCCGAAAAACCCAGUAUGCAUAUGAUCGUAUUCAGACAGGAAGGAUCGUUUCGCUUCUUCACGAAAUCCUGAUGUUCAUGCGGAAUCUUUUGUUGAUCUUGAUCUGGAUUGUUGUCAUACCGGUGUUGCUCGGAAUCCUAAUCGAUCUGAUGGUCAUCAUCCCGCUGAGAGUUCCGAUCGAUGAAACUCCAGUAUUCCUCUUGAUUCAGGAUUGGUUACUUGGAUUAGUCUACCUACACAUCUGGAUUUUACUGGUUGCACUCGACGAGGAGAACGGCCGCUUCGCCACAAGGGCAUGGCGGGAAAAGCUCAGGAGGAUCAGAAAUGUCGGCAUCAACCAACUGCCUACCAUGUGGCUGCUGAGAGAAGUUCUGGGUUCGUUCAUAAUCACCCUUCUGACCGCUCUGUGUCUCCCGUGCGUGCUGGUUACGUCCGUAGUCUCCAUGCUCGGAUAUUCCUCGGCCGUCAGCUCAGCCGUUAGGCUGUUCGUUUGGCCAGCCUUCCUUUCCGUCAUCCUUGCAUGGUUAGACAUCAGACUGAUCAGUGAUCUCGUCAUCCGUCUUCACCGUAUGAUCUUAGAUGACAGGUAUUUGGUCGGACACAGGCUGAUAGACUUGACGGAAGAUGGAUAUGAAGGAGAAAGCUCAAGCAUUACACGCCCUUGUUUCUUGCGGAACAUAUCAGAACAGGUUCUGGUCGCCGGAGUUAUUGACUAAUGGGAUUAGUUAUGUCGGCCCGUACGAAUUUUAAUAAAAAUAAUAAUAACAACAAUAUUGAAUA